AUCAUCCAAAUAUGAUCAUUGGCCAGGCUACCUUGGGCAUCGAAAUGCUGGAAUAUUUGUUGAAGUUUGAUGCAGUAAUAUUACCGACGACGAUCAACGGUUGUGGAUUAACAACCGGUAUUGCAAUGGCUAUCAAAGGAUUAAAUUUAGAAAUAGAAGUUAUCGAAGUCUAUAGGUCAGAUUUUAAUAGGCAUGUCGAAAAUAUUAGAAUGUUAACACAUUCCUAUGAUGAAUUGGAAAUUCCCGUGACAGAGUAUACAUGGCAUGAAGAUCCUAGAGGCGUGCUAAAUCCUUUGUUUGACAGAUCUAUUAUGGUAGAUGAUGAUUUGGUUGUAAGAGCCGAACAUAAAUUAAAAAAAGAUAACAUCGACGACUUUAAUGCAGCGAUUGGUUUAGCUGCGUUUUUAUCUGGUGAACUUGAUGAUUUAAGGGAAAAAAGGGUAUUACUACCUCUAUUCGGCAAAAUUGAUUUAAUGAAUGAACUGAGAAAUGAACAAAGUUUGGAGACUUUACGUGAAACUCUCGCAAACUCAUUGGAAUAAACAUCUUUAUUUUUUUUAUCGUUGACGAAGAUGAAUCAUAAAAGAUUUUUUUCUAUUUAUUGUAAACGUUUAUAUAAUCUGCCAAAUUUGGAAUACAAAACAAGUUAGACAACUCGAGAGGAAGAAUUUGGAUACAAUUUCGAAAAGGACAAUUUCAUCUAUG